AUGAUUCAGUUGCCACCAGUGCCGCGUUUCUGCGAAGGUUUGUGCGCUGUUGCUAUGGGCUUCCAGGGCACAGCAACUCUAUACCAUCCGGCAACGGGAGCCUGCGGAAAGGUCAACACGGACGACGAUAUGGUGGUGUCCCUGAGCCACGUGCAGUACGGAGAUUACCGCAAUCCCAGCCUGGCGGCCGUCUGCGGCAAAUGCGUCCUGGUCAAAUCUGUGGACAGCGGUGAGCAGGUCAAGGUCAAGGUGGCCGAAAGAUGCAGGGGAUGUAUGAGCGGCGCAAUCCAGCUGUCCCCGGCCGCCUUCAAGAAGUUGGCUAUCAAGGACCUCCGUCUCAAUCAAGUCAUUUGGAAUUACGUUGAAUGCUGA